AUGACGGUUCCCCGAAUUACGAUAAACGAUAAUGCACAUGAUAAAUCCCUGUCCGUCACAUCAGUCUCGAAGACUCCUCCUGCUCUUCCUCCCCGUAACCCAACCACCAGCGUUUUCACCGUCACAUCAGACCUAACACAAUUCACUCGGCAAGAGGGAAGGAUUCCCGCCGCAUGGCUGGUUGCCUUAACGCGUCAUAAGGGAGACGAGCCCCACAUUCAUUCAUUCUGGCUAUCACAUCUAUUUGACAAUGACGCGUCAACCGUCUUCUUGUGUAAGCAAUGUCAUAAAUGGUUUACCAUAACAGUAACUAGACCAAAAGAUCAGCCACCUGAAUCACCAACAGGAAUAUGUCCAGUCAAUCAAGAGAAUUCUUUUCAUCAUUUGCACACUACUACUGAGAUAUCGUCGAGUAUAUCGGCACAUUGCUGUCAAUGUGAUUUUACUGUUAACGUUAAUAUCGCAGAUCCUUUCAUGCCAAUGGAGAUUAUGAGUGAUCUACUCAGGAAUAGGAGACUUCCAUAUACGUACGAUAGUCCUUCAAUAACUAACGGAACAGAGCCAACAAUUGAACUGAGGGACAUUGUCUUAGCAUUAGGAAAAUAUCUCUCCGAGCUUUUGUCAGGCAGUGGUAAAGGGAUAAGAAUAACUGACGAAGAAUUUACUAAAAUUGGAUUCGAUGAUGUGAGCCAGGCCUUCUUCCAAAUAUUGGAUUUUCACAUAGGAGAAGAUGGGUGCUAUGAACCUCCUCUUCUUGAGGAUGAAGGAAGAAGAGAUUUUCUAAAACGCGUGAAGGAAGAAUUAUAUAUGAUGGUACUUGACAACUAUGGUUAUAUUAAUGACACUAAUGAAACGAUACCAAAGUAUGAGGAUCCAUACACGAAGCUAGCCAAUAUUAUUGGAACACGUCAGUAUUUAGCGUCCUGCGAACAGUAUUUUCUUCAUGUGUCUCCAAGCUUUAUUUCUCACUCUGACGUUGUUUUUUCCCUGAAUCUUGUCGUACCUGAAGAACCUCUAUUCACUACGGCAAGUACGUUUGAUCCAUCGAGUAUAUCACUUCGAUCAACUAGUUAUGCUGUACUCGGCUGUGUAUCAGAUGUACAAGAUGAAGUGUUAGAAUGGGCGUAUAAGCGGGCAAUCGAUCAUGCACCUGAACAUACUCUUUCAUAUUUGGAGGCGCUACGCCUGAUAGCCGAUGAGAGGAGAUCUGACAAAUUGGGUUUAUUUUUUGCAGUGGAGCAAUCACAUGGAAAGAUUUGUUUGAGCGACCUUAAAGAAGCAUGCAGAGAGUUGAACCUAUCAGAAGAAACUGUUUCUGACUGUGAAGCAUUGGCAGCAUAUAAAUCAUUGGCGAGAGCUUCUCCCGAAAAUAGAUCAAGUUAUCGGAAACAUUUAUUGACGAUAGGGAAAGCAUUGAACAGUCAAUUAAUAUCGAACGAAGACUAUUUAGGUUAUCAUAUGAUGGAUAUCGUCUCCGACAUGCCUGUAGGAUUGGAUAAUAUAGGAAACACAUGUUAUCUAAAUUCGUUGCUACAGUACUAUUUUACUAUUCAUGAUCUACGGAAAGCUGUAAUGGCAUUUGAUGCGGACAGUGAUAUUGAUGACACGGACUGGAAGGACAAAAUAAUUGGCGGACGCAAAGUUCUCAAGAGCGAGGUUGAACGUGCUAGACGCUUCGUCAGCCUUCUGCGCGAUCUAUUUAGCAAUCUCAUACAUACAACACAAAAGUCAAUUGCCCCCGACGUUCAAUUAGCCGCUUUGGCGCUGGAAAAUGCAAAAGCCGAAGAAGAGGAAACGGUGCGGUCAAUGAUGAAUGAAAUUAUUACAUUCACAGAUGACGAUGCCAAUACUGGAGCAGUUAACACCAACGAUAAUGACACGUCUAAUGACAAUCUUUUAAAUUCAUCGGAAACCAAGAUGGAUUUCUCAGAAUCUUCCACAUCCGAGAUGAUGGACACUGAUAUAAACGCCGGUUUGCCUGCAUUUGAACGAUAUAGUGCUACGAAUAUGAUGAGGAAAGCUGCCGCGAUAAAAACCACUAAUUACGGGACCAGUUAUACUGGAUCGAACGAUUUUACAAAUCACAAUAACUACAAUGGAAAAGGGAAGAAUAAAGAAAGCCACGAUAGUCAGUAUGGUCCAGAUUUAGAAGGCACAUUUAUGGCUUCUGCUGAACCGAUCAGAGAAGAGAAGCCACGGACAGCGUCAUCUAUGUUAUUUGGUAGACAACAGGACGUUGCUGAAUGUAUGGACAACGUUAUGUUCCAACUGGAAGCUGCAAUUAAGCCAACAAUAUCGCCAGAAGAGGAAUAUAUAAAUGUUGUUAAGAAUUUAUUCUAUGGUAAAACCCAACAGAUCUUGCGUUACAAGGACAAAACAACGGGUAAUAUGGUACAGGCAAUGAAAGAAGAGCCCUUUAAUCAGUUGUUUGUUGUUGUGACAGAAGGGAGGGAUUUAUAUGGUGGACUGGAUGGAUAUUUUGAUGUAUCGAUGGUUGAUUAUAAGGGUUCGCAAGCAGAGAGAGAAGUUACUAUUAGUGAGUUACCUCCGAUACUACAGAUACAAUUGCAGCGGGUACAAUUCGAUCGAUCUACGGCAAACCCCUACAAGUCGAAUGCUUACAUGAGAUUUGAUAAAACUGUUUAUCUUGAUCGGUAUCUGUAUUCUAAUCGCGAAAUACUACAAGAUCACCGGAGAGCGGCAGCUUCAUUGAGACAACAAGUCGAACUGUUAACUGAACAUGUCAAGAAACUUACCGAGCGUAAGUUUAACGGCUUAUCAUCAGUCGAAUUAUUAAACCAUACAACAGAUUUCCUGAAUCUGCACAAAGGAGAGAUAGAGUCGAUAGGAGAAGUCGAUGUAAAUAUAUCAUGUAUAAGUAAGGAAGCGUCAAAACUCAGGCUUGGUUUAUCAGAUGCCGAGGAAUUAAUUGAUCUGCAUAAGGAGAAGCUACAAUCUCAGUUUGGAAACUUGCGAGAAUGCGCAUAUCGAAUACAUGCUGUAUUUGUACAUAGUGGUCAAGCAUCGUUUGGACAUUACUGGGUAUACAUAUAUGAUUUUGAGAACGAACGAUGGUUGAAAUAUAAUGAUUCAUAUGUAUCAGAGGUUAGGGAGAGUGAAGUGUUUGCCGAUACCACUGGGUCAACAGCCAAUCCAUAUUGUAUGGUGUAUGUAAGAGCAAAAGAUGCUAAGGAAAUAGUAAACACUGUCUGCCGUAGUUAUUAA